CAAAAGCACUAACACGAUGUCCGUGACAAGAUGAACCAGCUGUGAAAUAUCCAUAACCUAACAAAUGAAUCCCUUCAAACGAAUCUACAUGCAUAACAAAGUUCAUAAUGAUAUUUUGACGAUUAUAUAAAUAAUUUGAAGUUCAAAAGAAGAAAUAUGGCAGCGCAAGUUUUUAGAAAUAUAUACGGACAUUACGAUAAACCGGAAGGAACUGAACUGAGCACAAUCCCCAAAGAGACCACUCCAUAUGAAAGACUAGUAAAAACAUUCACACCAAAUGAAUUUGGGGAGUUUAGCAAUGAGGUCAACUCAAUAAUUGAAGUUGGUUGCAUGAGCAUGUUCAUUGCGGGUCUAUAUGGUGGUGUGAUGAGUAGCAAAACUGCUUACCUUGAGUUCUUCCAAAACAAUCAGGCCACAACUUUUAAGAAUCACUUUGAAGCAAAGAGAAUAUUGCAGGACAAGGUUACAGUUGCUUUUGGCAAGGGCGCAUUCCGUUUAGGAUGGCGUGUCACUGUUUUUUCCACUAGUUAUGUAACUUUCACUACGGCUGUGUCAGUAUACCGCGGCAAGAACGGACUUCUGGAACACAUCAUCGGCGGCGGGGUUGCUGGUUCCAUGUACAAAUUUAACAGUGGACCAAGAGCAAUGCUAGUGGGCGGUGUACUUGGUAGCACAUUGGGCUUAGUCGCGGGCGCGACUACGCUUUUGCUAUUGAAACUCACUGGAAUGGAAAUGAGCGAUGUAAGGCAGAACAGCGAACGGUGGAAUACUCUGCGAAUGGGGAAAUUUAGAGAAGGUCUUAAGGAUCAUUAUGGAAAGAAGGAGAGUCCAGAGCAUAUUGAACACCAGAAGAAAAUGGAAGAGAUGGAAUCUGUUAGCGAUCUGGAAUCAAUAAAUGCACGGACGAGGGAAAAGUCAAAUACAGAGUAGCUUCUUAAGUUCUAUUGACAUAGAUUGAGAUAGAAUGUUUGUAAAAUAAUAAUGUUAAUCUUAAAAUAUUCAUAAAAUAAUAUUGUUAAAGUA